AUGGCCAUCUCUUCCCCGCCCAACAAGCCGCCGCUCACGCUGUUCCUCUUCGGCGACCAAACCUAUACCGUCCCCAAACGCGACCUCCAGCUUCUGCUGGACGACGAGGCCUUCCGCUCCACGUCCCCUACCCUCUCGUCCCCUCUGUCCCUCUUCACCCGCCGCUGCGAGACCGCCCUCCAGCGCGAUCUGGCCCAGAUCCUCGACCCCGCCGAGGCCGACCACCUCUGGCCCUCGGGCACCCUCGUCCUGGCCGACCUCCUCUCGCAAUGGCGCCUACGCAGCGACGGCUCCUCCUCCUCUAGUCCGCACCAUCGCCGCUGUCUGCCGCUGGAUAUGGCGCUGCUGGUAGCCUACCAGAUACUGAUGUUCAUGCGGCACGUCGGCUCAUCUCCAUUUUCUCCUCCCUCGACCAGAGCCUACGCGGAUCGGGACGCCACCGUCGUGGGCGCCUGCACCGGCGCGCUGGCCGGUGCCGCGGUGGCCUGCAGCACCGGCCUGGCGGAGCUGGUUCCGCUGGGCGUCGAGGCCGUCCGGGUGGCCUUCCGGGCGGGCCUGGUCGUGGAGCGGUCGGCCCGAGAGGCCGCGCCGGGGACGGGCACGGAGCAGCCCUGGAGCGUUGCCGUGUCGGCGGCGGAGGAGCGGACGCUGCAAGGAGUGAGAGCUUUUCUGGAGCGGUUCGUGGGCGAGAAUAAGGACAAGACGAACAACAGCAACAGGAGCAGCAGCAGCAGCAGCAGCAGCAGCAGCAGCAGCAGCAGCAACGGCUGGAGGCAGACCAACGGCGGUAGAGACAACACGAAGAAGGAGAAAAGGGGCCUGCCUUGCUGGGUGAGCGCGUGGGCGCCAAGCUCGGUCACGGUGUCGGGGCCGCCGGAGGAGCUGGCGGAGCUGGCCGAGUCGGACGGGCUGGCGGUGCCGGGGGUCCGGAUGGUGCCGAUGCCGAUAUUCGGGCCGUUCCACAGCCCGUCGGUCCACACGGAAGAGGACGUCACCGGCGUGUUGGCAUCCCUGUACAUGAACCCGGGGUUGGCGAGCACGCCGGCCUGCCUGAAGGUGAUGUCGGCCUCGACGGGCAAGCCGCCGCCGCACCGGGACGAGGCCGGCGACUUCGGCUCGCUGACGCGCGCCGCCGUCGAGGACAUGCUUCUGCGGCCGCUCCGCUGGGACCUCGUGCUGCAGAAGCUGUGCGAGCACGUCGAGACGGACGAGCACGGCACCGCGCAGCUGGAGGUCGUCCCGAUCGCGUCGUCGGCGGAGCCGUCCAUCGAUGCCGCGCUGGCCAGGGCGCAGAAGGGCACACGCAGGCGCGGGCCGAUGACGGGGAGACCGCGCACGCUCAAGAGGCAGGGCGUCGAGAGCACAACGAUCCACCGCGUCGUGGCGGAGACCGACCUGAUGGUGGGAGAUGGGCUGUACCUCGUGACGGAGGCGGAUCUGGCGAGGCCGGAUCUUAAAGAGGCGGUCCAGGGGCACAUGGUCGAGGGGAAGCCUCUGUGUACGCCGUCCAUCUAUGCUGACAUCGCCAUGACGCUCGGGAAUUAUCUCGUCAAGAAGCUGCGGUCCGACGGUAAUAAGCACGGCAAGGCUCAUGAUGCCAAGCAUGACAUGCAAGACUGCCUCGUCACCGUCUCGGACCUGGGCGUUAGCAAGGCCUUGGUCGCCGGCGACAACGGACCGGGGUCACAGCUGUUGCAAUGUCAUGCCCAAGCCGACUGGUCCAGCCGUUCUGCUCGGUGCAAGUUCACCGUCGUCGGCGGUUCCUCCGGCAAGCCCCAGCAGCACGCCGAGUGCACCAUCCGCAUCACCGACACCUCGACGCGCGCCCUCCUCGCCCAGCACGCUUCCGGCGAGUCCCACCGCAUCAACGUGUCCUCGCUGCGUGCCCGCGCCGGCACGACGCAGAUCUCGGGCAGCAUGGCCUACCGGCUGGUGUCCCCGCUGGCCGACUUCCACCGCAACCACCGGCUGGUGCAGUCGCUCGUGCUGGACCCGCGCACGCACGAGAUCGCCGCCCUCGUCAGCUUCCCCGCCGGCCUCGCCGGCGUCGGCGACUUUACGGCGCACCCGGCCGUCAUCGACGCCUUCACCCAGCCGGCCGGCUUCUGCCUCAACCUCGACGACGCCACCGACCUCGCCCACACCGUCUACAUCAACCACGGCUGGGACGACAUGUUGCUGUUCGAGCCCGUCGACAUGGAGCACGUGUACACCGUCUACGUGCGCAUGCAGCAGGUCGGCCGCACGCGCAAGUGGGCGGGCGACAUCAUCGUGCUGCGCGAGGAGGACAACACCGUCGUCGCGGCGUUCCUGCAGUACUCGGUCAACGCGUUCCCGCGCCGCGUGUUUAGCAGUCUCUUGGGUCAGGAGACCAGGACGACCAGGAUGAAGACGGGGGCGACGGCGGCGGCGGCGGCGGUAUCGGCCAUGCCACCGCCGUGGAGCCCGUUGCAGACGCCGAAGCCGCGGAUGACGCUGAGCAUCGACACCAAGGGCGGCGUCUUCCCGCCGAGCCCCGUGUCACCGGAGGAUCCGGGCAGCAAAGGGCCGCCGUCAGCAUCUUCUUCCUCGGCGGCACUGAGAACUAACAUCACCGCCGGGGUUGACGGGGCCGACGGGGACGAUGAGCACGACACCGAGGACACCCAGGAUACUCCCGACACCCUCGACGCCUUCGACGGACCGCUCACUACCAUCCCCAUCCCACCCUGCAAGUCCGUCGUCCUCCAGGGCUUCCCCAAGACCGCCCGCACGCUGCUCUUCCUCCUGCCCGACGGAGCCGGCACCGCCGCCUCGUACGCCUCUCUGCCGCCCGUCGGCCGCGACGUCUGCGUCAUCGGCCUCGACUGCCCGUUCCUCCGCGGCGACACGGACGCCAUGGCCCGCGUGCCGCUCGACCGUCUGCUGGCCGAGGGAUACCUGCCCGAGAUCCUCCGGCGGCAGCCGCCUUCUUCUUCGUCUUCUUCGUCUUCUUCUCACAAGGGAUACGUGCUCGGCGGCUGGUCCGCCGGCGGGUCGCUCGCGUUCCGGGCCGCGCAGAUGCUGGCCGAGAGGGGGUGCCGGGUCGCCGGCCUGGUGCUGAUCGACGCGCCGGUGCCGCUCAACGGCAUGGACAGGCUGCCGAGGCACUUUUACGAGUACUGUCAGCGCCUGGGCAUCUUUGGCGGGUGGGAAGGGGGGAAGGGGAACGGUGGUCACGUCGGCGGCGAAGCACCGGCCUGGUUGAUACCGCAUUUCGAGGGCACGAUCGGCGUGCUGGAGAGGUACUGCGCCACGCCGCUGGUGAUGCCGCCGGGGCAGAAGAAGCUGAGGGUGGACGUCAUCUGGGCCGGCGAGAGCGUCGUGGACCGGCCGGGGGCGCCGCCGCUGCCGCCGCAUCCGGACGACACCGAGGGGAUGAAGUUCCUGACGGUGCAGAGGAAGGGCUUUGGGCCCAACGGGUGGGCCGAGUUGCUGCCGGGGGCCGACAUUGUGUGCCAUAAAGUCGAGGGGGCGCAUCACUUUGCGUUGAUGAGAAAACCGUUUGUAUCGCAACUGGCAUCGUUUUUGGCAGAGGGUCUGAAAGUUGUGCAAGAGACCGGUGCUAUCUAG